GGGAGAAGCAAUGUGAGCUUAAUCACAUAGAAGGAAAACAAAUAAACAUACAUAACUAUUACUCCAUGAUGAUGAAGCACAAAGCCAACAUAGCAAUGGUGUUUGUACAGAUUAUAUACGCAGGAAUGCCACUGCUUUCGAAAGUGGCCAUCUCUCAAGGAAUCAACCCGUUUGUCUUUGUUUUCUACCGACAAGCCUUCGCGGCUCUUGCCUUGUCCCCUUUCGCAUUCUUCCUUGAAAGCUCCAAGUCCUCCCCUCUAUCGUCUGUCUUGCUGCUGAAAAUAUUCAUGAUCUCCUUAUGCGGACUGACGCUAAGUCUUAACCUCUACUAUGUGGCCAUCGUUAACACCACGGCCACCUUCGCGGCAGCCACCACCAAUGCCAUCCCCUCUAUCACCUUCGUCUUGGCUCUCCUAUUCAGAUUAGAGGAGGUGACACUGAAGAAGUCACACGGAGUGGCCAAAGUAUUUGGUUCGCUGGUUGGAAUGUUGGGCGCUUUAGUGUUCGCUUUUGUGAAAGGGCCAAGUUUAAUUAACCAUUAUAAGAGCAAGAUUAUCUCAAACGAUGCUGUUCCGUCAACUAAAGAUUCUGUAAAGGGAUCCUUCACUAUGCUUGCAGCCAAUACCUGUUGGUGUUUGUGGAUUGUCUUGCAGGGGAUUAUUGUAACUGGAUUUACAUAUUGGUUACAAGUUUGGGCAAUAGAAAAGAAGGGACCAGUAUUUACUGCACUCUACACUCCUCUGGCUCUCAUUAUUACCUGCAUCGUCUCAUCUUUCCUUUUCAAGGAAACACUUUAUCUUGGAAGUGUUGGUGGAGCAUUAUUGUUGGUCACUGGACUAUACAUUGGUCUGUGGGGUAAAACUAAAGAAGAAGAAGUACAAAUAUAUGGUGAAAAGCAUUGCCAACAAGAGGUUAAAGAAGAAGUUAUCAUCGUCCUGGAUAGCGUCUCCACCCAUCACUAGUCAAAAAACUUUAAGUUUGCUUCACGCAAAUUUCAAGUCUUUGUUCCCUUUUAUCAUUGGUACAAUGUCUCAGCUAUCACAUUAAUAAUGCCCGCAAUGCAUGUAAAUAUAAAUGUGAUUCUUUUUUAUUGGGUGAGCUUGGUUCUUAAUCGGUUUUCGAGAUUUGUACAACUAUUUCACAUAAGUCAUCAAGGAAUUAACUGAGACUGAAAAACCCAACAAACACAAAACUUUUUAUAUUUUGGAAGGUACGGAGUCAAGUGCUUGCUUCCC